AGUCCAUCUUGUCGUCGAUCACAUCGUCGGCAUCGACACUAGCACGACGACGCCUAGUGACACCCCUGCAUAAUGUUCAGAGGUGGCCAGCCAAAUCCACUUGACGAUCUCGUCACUAAAGCUACGGACGAAAACCUCACGGGAGAGGACUGGGAAACCAUUCUCAACUUGUGCGACAAAGUGCAAGAUGAUGGCGAACAAGGUGCACAAAAUGCAAUCGCAGCCUUGCUGAAACGUCUCGCACACCGCUCUCCCAACGUGCAACUUUAUGCACUUUCGCUUGCCGAGGCGCUUUCCAAGAACUGUGGCGUAGUCCUGCACCGCGAGCUCGCCUCGCGUGUAUUCACACAGGGACUCGAACGACUCGUUACUGACCGGACCACACAUGACAAAGUGCGCCAGCGUGCACUUGGCCUUAUCGCUAUGUGGACUGCAGAGUUCGAGAAUGAUCCGUCAUUGGGUAUUAUGGAGGAGUGCUAUGCCAGUUUAGAAGCUAAGAAUUACAAAUUUGAAACACCGAAUGAACCCCCUCCCCCCGCUGUUGACGAUGAGGUUCGUCGGCGAGAGGAAGAAGAACUCCAACGUGCUCUGGAAAUGUCAUUGAAUGAUCGGGGUGGUCGCAGUGGUUACACUGGUUCUGGUGUCGUAUCUAGUGUAGCCGGGCCAAGCACUAGUACAGGCCGGACGCACCCGUCAGGUUAUGUCCCAGCAAAGUCACCUCCCGCAGCAGCAUCGUCCAAUUCUUCUCUCCCUGCACAGACUUCACCUGCACCAUCUGCAGCUCCUGCUGCAUCAACACCGGUUGUGACGCGCGUCCGCGCACUACAUACUUUUGAGGCAACGGAACCUGGGGAGCUUGCUUUCGAACGGGGCGACGUCAUCCGUGUGGUUGACCGCGCUUACAGGGACUGGUGGCGUGGGCAGCUGCGCGGACGAACCGGUAUCUUCCCAGUGAAUUAUGUGGAACCUCUCCCCGAGCCUACUGCGGCCGAACUAGCUCGAGAAGCCGAACAAGAAGCCGCGAUAUUUGCACAAGCUGCAAAUGUCGAUCGGCUACUCAUGUUGUUGCGCGAUCUCGAUUCUUCAGGUGAGCGACUGGCAGACAACGAGGAGAUACAGGAAUUGUAUCGGUCAUGUAUGUCGUUGCGACCCAAGAUUGUGAAGUUGAUCGACAAGUACAGCCAAAAGCGGGCUGAUCUAGUUGCAAUGAACGAAGCCUUCGUCAAGGCCAGGACCGUGUUUGAUCGGAUGAUGGAGGAAAGUUUGGCUCGACAUGCAGCAGCAUACGAAAGUCCUGGGUAUGGUUAUCCUGCCCCCGUGCGGCACGAGUACGGGCCGCAGCCAUACGGACACGGGUACGGACCUAGCCAUCCUGAGGUGCCAUUUUCUACUCCGCAUGAGCUAUCGGCCUUCGCCCAACCCUACAGUGGCUACCCCGCUCCUGCGCAGUCGCCAUACCCACAACAGCAGAUGCCCUACACCCCGGUACAGACUCUAUAUAACCAAGGUCAAGUGCCGACUCAGCAGCUCCCCGCCCAAGAACCUUUACAAUCGCAUGAGACACUGCCACAAGCGCAGGCUCAGCCCCAGCCAACGCAAGCGCAGUCCCAAUCAGGGGCGGAGUCUCAGACGCAGACUGGAAGUUCUCCGCAAUCUCAGGAUGGCCCUCCAUAUGUCUACAAUCCGAAUGCCACAUACGCCGAUCCCAAUGUCCAGGCGUGGGCACAGUACUAUGCACAAGGUGGUAAAGACCUCGCUGGUGCUGUAUACUUCGUCUCUGUGCCCGGGGUGACGGACACCACGGAAGGACCGGCGCCAGCAACAGAGCAAGUACAAGCCGUGCAAGGACAGGAACAAUGGGGUGCUCCAGAGCAAUAUGGACCAACGGCUGGGGUCUCAAUGACGUUGGGGUCUCAACAGCCUACUGGUCCCACAGGCGGUCCGUUGUCGCCGCAGAGCGCCCACCACGGCUGGCAACCGCCACAGCAGUCACCCUAUGGCUACGUUCCUCCACAGACGCAACCGCAGUCUCCGCAACAGUAUGCACCAUCUGCAGGUAUAAGCGGUUAUGGUUCCUCGCCCAGUAGUGCAAGUGGGCAUGCGCCACCUAUGAAUGGUACAGGUGGCCAUCAGUCGCCUCUGCCGGGUGGCGGCUAUGGGGGUGGAUAUGACUAUGGAGUAGGAGCGCUUCAGCAUCAGUUUGCUGAUAUGGGUGUUAGUAGGGUAGCACAUCAGACACAUGCGGCGUCUACUGAAGGAUGAGCUAGGUCAACGUAUGUUGUGUAGUAGGUGACCUGAAUAAAAGGUGUACAGACUCUAGUUUACUUCACUGUUACUUCACUAAAUGUAUCUCUCUUUGGCCUACUCAGGAGAAACAGGAUGCUACUAUUUUUUCCAGGCAGGCAAUUUAUUCAACAAAUACCUUAUCAGCGACUCACUUGGCGGCCGACAAACCCAU